CCAAUCCGCGGAGAAGUUUUCGUUCUUUAGAUCCCUCGACUCCUCCCCCUCACACAGCUAAAGAAAGUUCCCUACCGAGCCCAACCAUUAAUAAAAUUCUUUACAAUCCCACGUUUACGGGCCGACCGGACCUACUCCCUCAGUGAUGCGCUUUCCACGCAGCUACUUGCGGGUUGACCUCACCAAACUUUUCUGUGAGGAUUCAGAUGGCUCAGGGCACUCUGAAGAUGGAGGAGAGAUUGUGUGCUCCAGAGAGCGGAAGCCGGGGGAGGAAAACGGUCCAAAUGAGUAUCACCCCAAAAAGGAGAAUGUUGAUUCGAGGGCAAAGAUGUCUCCUCAAGUCAAACCCCUGCCAACCCAAGAGCUCAAAUCAAUACCCAACGACAGACUCGUCCGAGGUGCCUCAAAUGCUGAAAAUAAGUCUCAAGUGAAACCCUCCUGCGGAGAAAAGAGCAAGGAGAAAACCUACCGGAUUCAAACGAUUGGAGAGGUUUACGCUCUACAGAAACGUGAGGGUAAAGAACCGCCUACAUUCAAGGGAAUCAAGGAAAGUCGGUCCAGAAAUGGUGUAGCCGGGCGUUUGACUUCGCGAAGAAUUAACGAACCCCUCCUCAUGGCUACAGGAUACGCUUCCUACAAAUGCGGGAAUUCUGUCAGGGGGGAAGGGUGGCAUGGGGAUUGGAGUAACGACUUUCUAUUUGGAUAUCAUGACCCGCGCGAGAACGAAGCUUAUACUAUUCAGCUUCCUGAUGACGAUCACGACGGCCAGACCCAGACGGAAUACGCACUUAUGAAUUCACCGAAAGCUUCAGCAAGACCCUCUACUCAACUAAAUCCACCGGAUAUGAGAGAUGGGCAAUCGUUGCCAAUGAGUAAGGGUUCAUUUCACCAGUGGAACCAGAAAACCAGGGAACAUCUUCACAUCCACGAUAACCACCAGGGCCUCCUUGAAAGCGAGCUGGAAGCUCCGCAAGCACCUUCCAUUGACGCUGCCACUCUUCACAGUGAGAUGUAUCCAUCCCUUUACGGAGGAUAUGGCUUUCCUUACGAAGGUCCGUUUUAUAAUCCCAUCGUGGCCCCUCCUCUAUUUCUUUAUCCAGGGGAGCCGCCCCCUUAUCCAAUUGGGCCCCAGUAUCUUAAUCCUGAAGCAGUCCCUUGGAUCCCAGGAAGCACUCCGUUUACGUCGAACAUGCCUAUUUCUGUUAUUAAGAAAGCACGCUCACCCGACUUUUACCUCUUACAAGGCCUAGAAUAUGUUUCUCUAAGAGAGAGCGAAGAAAAGAAACGAGAAAAGCCCGAAAACAAGCCGCCUAAGAGAGUCGGAGCCGAUAUUGUCAAUGGAUGCGGAGAAAUGUCCGCGGCCGAAUAUGCCGGGCUUCUAGUACAAAACAUGGCGGAGGAAACGAACCCGCUCUUGACAAAGUAUUUGAAUCCCGGAAAACGCAGCUUUCACCAAAAACGACGUUACGUCAGCAUGCCAGAUGCCCGGGGCUCGAAGCUGAAGCUGUUCGAGGAGAUAGGAAGACGUCGUCAGUCGUGGAGCCACCCGAGCUGUUUGGAAGCCGAUCCCCUAGACUGACUGGGUCGGGAAUUGAUACCGUGCUUGUUAUAUCGGGGAUGGUGGCGGGGUUUUAGUCAGGGCUCACCAUGAACAGUGGAUUCAUAAUGCUCUACAUUCUCGCAUUGUUUUUGGUGGAUAAGGUAUUCCCAUCUCUACGAUACCGGACUUUUGCUGUCUUUUUUAAAGCCACAUAAGGGAGUUCCUGUUUGCGGCGAGACGGAGGAAUGAAUAAAAGAUAACUUUGAGAGUAUGAAUAAAAAA